AUGUACCAAGUUAGUCACAAUAUGAAUAAAGUUGUAUGCCAUCCAAUACAGCAAUAUAUGUCAAUAACCCAUUUGUACAUGGAUCAUUCUCACUGGAGUUAAUCUGAAUGAUUGACUCUUCCAGGCCAAAAUAUUUGAGCGGAAUGACAUUGCCUUGCCAAGAGUGGCAGCAUUCUUCCAUGAGCACUCUGAGCAGGAACAGUCACAGGCUGAGGCCAUGCUGGACUACCUGUCAGACAGAGGGGGACAGUACUGUAAUAAAGACACUACAGUUAGAGCUGCCCACUCAUAGAAAUAUAAUGGCAUAGUUGACCUCAAUGGGGAUGCCUAUUCUACUCAUUCUAAUUACGUGUACCCACUGCUUGGGAGAGGGGAUGGGUUCCUCCUAACUCUAGGCAGUACAGAAGGGCAUGGGUAAUGCAUGCAUGCUGUCUUCCUUCUGGGCAAAAUAAAUUGGCACACUAGCUUGGUUUCCAUCCAAUUGGCCACAGAUUUUCAUGCUGAUAUUCUAAAAUCUGCAUAAAAACAAUAAGCUCAUUUUCCUACCAGAGAUGUUUCCAUUAAACUGACUUGUUGAGGAUAAAAGGCUGUGCGUGAUGACAUAGUGCACAUAAAAAUGACUUUUGUGGUUAAGUUCCCAUGUACGGAAUAAAAAACAUGAGUUAGAUGGCCAUAGCAAUUUCAACUCUACCGAUGGUUUUGUCACAAACUGUUGUGAUAAAUAGCAAACUUGCACAAUCUGGUUUUGAUGCAUGCUCUCUAGACAAUAUAUCCCUCACUGAUAAAGUGAACAGGGGGUUGGUUAUAUGAUUCAUUCAUUAUAUGGAUAAGAGCAAGAUCAUUUUAUUUGAUCAUUGGCAGCCAAGCACCGGUCAUCAUGUCACCAGCAUUGAAAUAAUAGCUUAUCCUCGAUAUUUAGCCUAUUGGCAAUUUGCAUGAUCACUGUGCAUUUACCCACCAUGUGAAGUUCAUCAUAACUUAUUUAAUCUGCCUAUAAACGUAUCAUGCUUUUCCACGUCGUGGUGGUAGGCCCAUUUCAUCGUGUGACUCCAAGUUUACUUUAUUAUAUCAAUACGCAUAAAUGCGUUUCCACCGCCAUUUCUCGCAUAAUUAAUUUUACAGACACAAAAAGGUCCCACCAUGUCGAACGAACAAAUUGUCUGUGGACAUUUAUGAUAUUGUACCAACAUUUCCUGUUUCCAUAAGCCCUGUCAUUACUUUUUUUUAUGCGUCAGGUAAUUAUUUCGCAUGAAAUGGUUGGAUGGAAACCUGGUUACUGUCUAUGCUUGGGGCUAGGGAUAAGGGGUUGUGAGUGAACAGAAUAGGAACGUCUGAGGCCAAGGGGGAUGAGGGGUUAAACCCUAACCCUGGAGCUUUGCCUGGGGCUCAGGCCUAUUGCCUGUCAGGGUGUACAUUUCCCCUGAGUUCCGGAAAAUUGGGGAGAUUAAUGUGCAUGCGGAAGGACAGGGCAUUAAUUGUGUUUCCAGAUGUACAGGGUGGCGUUGACACUUUAGUGCCGUGUCCUCUUUCUGCCUCCUCCAGUUUUACGAGUCAUGUCAAAUCGAUCCCAAGUGGGAUCGCUAAGGGGUCCAUCAUCAGCAAUUUGGGACACCUUGUUAUCCAUUGAUCUGUGAGGGAAAACGAUAUGUCCUGAAUAAGUAUAUUCAUCAGUUCUGAUAUUAUUAAGAUUUCAAUUCUGCAGUAAUAGCCUUUGGUUGAAGUUUGGAAAGAAGUUGUCUACAAAGGUUUUUAUUUAGUAUUUUAAAAUUUUUUAAACAGGUAGGAUGGAUUCAUUUUCAUAAAGAUCAUAGUUAAAGUAGGACAGGUAUAUUAAAAUGUUUUCAGAUUAAAAAGAAAAACUAUUAAAGUAGUGUUAUAAUUUAAAUAAUUAAUAAACUAAAAAUAAAUAAAAAAUAAAGUAAUCUUCCAAAAAGGGGGACUAUUAAGCGAGCUGUUCAGUUCUAAAAUUUACAUUUUGGUUAUUUAACAGGGUUUCCCAAAGUCGGUCCUGUCAUUCUCCCCCAGAGGCCAGGCUGUGAGGAGAUGUGUGCGGUGAUCCUAGCCCUCGAGCUGAUGCUAGGCCAGUGGAAGGAGGAGAUGGCUGUGAUGGUGGAGCUCAGCCAGCUGUCCAAGGAGCACAGCGACCUGCACUCCGCCAGCGUGGUCAACAGCCGCUUGCUGGUGCCCCGCGUCAAACUGCUGGGAGACCUCCUGACCAAUGCCCGUAGAGUGGGCUGCACCAGCGACCGCUCGGGGGGCUUCGGGGAGUACCUCAUCGACCAGCUGCAGGAAGAGUUGACCAACGUCUCCAGUGGAUGA